AUGAAUGAAGAGAAAAAGAAAUUAUUAUUAGAAGCAAUAAGUAAUUUCUCAAAAAUAAUGAUGUGGCUAAAUUAAGAGCAAUACUAGCUAAAUUUAAACGAAAUUCAAGCGUCAGUGCUGUUCAAGAUAGAUUCUUUUCGAAAUUAUUUGCCACUAAAUUUGGAGGUGCCAUUGUAGCUUUCUAAAAGUGGAAAAAUUUACCUGAAAUUUAAAAUACUGAAUAAUUAAAGACUGCAAGAAAGUUUGAAAGAAUAUUAGAUUUACUUUUUAGAGGAAGACUUAAGGCAACUUUAGAACCGUUAAAAGAUGUGUAUUAAGAGGGUAAUAGUAAAAAGUUAUAUUGUCUCAGGAUAAUUCUGGCUCUUGCAUGGGCUAAAAUAAAAGAGUAUUCUUAUAUUGGAGAGAUAUAAAUAAAUUGCAUAAAUCAAUAGAAACUUGCAAAUAUACUACAAAUCUAUUUUAAAUUCUAGCUUUCACAUUAGCAGGGCAUGUCUAAAUAAUAUUUAAGUCAAAUAAAAAAUAAGAAAGUGUCCUGAAUAGAAUGUUAAUGAACUACAACAACUCUGUAAGAUGGGCAUUUAAGUUAUAUAGUAUUUGCUCUACAUAGAAAUUUGAGA